AUGGCGAGAGGGGCAUCUCAAUCUCAAUCCGCCACCAUGGCAUCGACCGCCCGCCCAGGAGUCAUGGCUCCACGUGGCUCUGCUGCCGCCACAGCUGGCAUGCGCCGCCGUCGCAUGACAGGAGCUGGUGGUGCAGGAAGCAGCUCCGGCAGCGGAGUCGGAGGUGGUUCUGGAGCUGGCGCCAACAUGUUAAGGUUCUACACAGACGACGCCCCGGGGCUGAAUAUUUCGCCGACUAUGGUGCUGGUGAUGAGCCUGUGCUUCAUCGGAUUCGUUACGGCUCUGCACGUGUUUGGCAAGCUCUACCGCUCUCGAUCUGGCAGCGAUUGA